AUGCACACCUCAUCCCAUCCCGGGCCGGCAGCGGUGCAGGCCGACUUGCCGUGUCUGCACCGCGGCGACGGCGACACGUCCCUCCUCCUCACCGACCUCCUCCUCUCUCCAGCUUGGAGCACCUCGCUGCCUUCCAGCGCCCCCUCUGCGCCCCGCGACGACUCGCGUUUCCAUGCGUUCGCUACCUCCUCCUCCUCGGCCCUCGAUAGCCACCGCCAUGACCUCUUCGACGCCGCCUUCAAGCCGGCUCGACGCGCCCUCCUACCGGAGUCCGAUACCUUCGAUCCGCAGCCGUCGUCGUGCAUCAAUCCCCAGCUGCUCUUCGACGACCUCGACGCGGCCUCGGACGACAGCCUCGACCGCAUCCUUGCCAGGUCGCCCUCGCCCCUCCUCCUUCCCAGCCCCGUCGCCGCUCCGCCUCGGCCGCCGGCUCUCGUCCUCGAUCCGCGCGCCGAGCCGCUUGACGACCUCGUCAGCUCGACCACCGAGUCGACAGACACAGAAGAGGAUUCCACCAGUCUCGACAGCUCAGACUCGUUCGGUUCCAGUGACGACGACUCGACCGAGCUCGAGCUCGAGCGCGUCGAGCCAUCCAGCGAGGUUAUCGACAAAAAGGUCCAACGCAUCCGCCGCUCGUUUCCGAGCCAAUGGCGGCUCGAACGCCGGCGCAGCGAGCUGUGCGGGCCUCCUAUCCCCCUCUCGCCCAGUCCCCCUUCCUCAAUCUCAAUCUCGAUGGGCUCCUGCCGGACGCGGACGGCGACUCCCGUCGACCUGCCCUGGUCUUACGACUUUGGCCACGACCCCUUCCCAGAGCUCGAGGCAAGCUGCAUCUCCCUCGUCGACGACAACGCGCCGGCGAAAGCUGGAUCGCGUGGCCACGAGUUUGUCGUCGAACUCUCGCCCUUCCAAGGCGUCCGACGCUAUUAUGUUGACCUCUCGCCGCUGUUUCCGGCCAAAAAGGGCAGCGCAGAUCACCACGGCGACGAGGAGAGCGACGAGACUGACGAGAGCGAGAGCGAGGACGAGGACGAAGAUUGGGACAUGGAGCUAGAGCCCUGCGUCGAAGUCAAGCCGUUCAACUGGCGGACCUGCAAGAAGGACGACGACUGGGUACCCUCGAGCCGUGGGGAAGAGACGCUCAGCUGCGAGACCACCGCUUCCGACGACAGCGAAGGCGACGAAAUGAGCGGCGGCACCGAAUGCAUCGUCAUUCCGGACGACGACGACGACGACGAUGGCGACUAUGCCAAGCAGCGCGACAGCGACAGGAGCUACCAUGACGGACACGCCCCAAGCCCCGUGCUCCGGCCGAGGCGAAGCACACGCUCGGCCUCCCGUGUCAAUCAAGCGCCCGGACAUCACCGUGGCCACCCGAGUGCCUCCGAGACGAGACUCACUCCUGUCACGGCAAGGCAGCCUGCAUCCGACACUGCCGACGCCGAACGCGGAUGUCGGUCGCAGACUGCGCUCAGCGGCGCCUUUCAAGAGCGCCUCACGGCCUCAGACGUCCGGGGUCAAAGACAAGGGCCAGCCGACUCACCCAGAAGCGACGAGUCCACCGACGGCAACGGGCGUCCGGCCGAGGGACACCGCGAGCAAGGAGGCGGGAUGCCUGGAGGCCGGGGCAAAGCCAGGAGGCCAGCACCACCGCAGUCGAGCUCGGACGCAGAGGUCCAACCGGUGCGCAAGCGUCCCAGGCUCGCCUCGCAGCCAAGAAAGGCCCGGAUGACCAUCGCAGACGACGAGGAGUCGGCUGAUGACGCCGCGGGUGGGCUGGGAGACGACGAAGACGAGGCCGAGGAACAGCCGGUCCGCGUCCGCGUCCGCUCGGGUCGGUCGGAUCGGCGCAAUGCCCGCGGUCGCCGUCCGGCUUCGACGACGACGACGGCCACCGCCACGACCACUGCCACGGCCACCGCAGCCUCGUCAGACGACGAUGUCAUCUGCACCGGAAUGCGCCUGUGGACUGUACCAUCGGCAGGCGCGAGUCCGCGCGGCGACAAGCAGCGCCGCACACCUCCGUCUGGACGGUCCGCGGACAAGCCUGCCGCUGGGUCCAACAAGAAGACGGACUGGAAGAAGUUCGACAAGGCGCUGGACCGCGCCCUCGCCGACGCCGGUGUCGAGCUGUAG